AUCCCCAGUCCAUGCUCGACAACCCCCCCAGCCUCGUCCACCGUCAAAGUAUUCUGGUCCAGCCCUAGGCGCUAAUCAUUCCCGAUCCAGUCUACAGCCCCGUGCUGCUGCUCCUAGUCUGCCCUCGACACCUUGAAUUCACCUCACCCAUAUACAACUUCCAGGACCCACAAUGCCGGACCAGCAACACUCCAUUGUCAAUCUCUUGGCUGCUGCUCACCACACUCGUCCUUCCACUAGCCAAACUGCUCUUCAUAUAUCAGAUCGCAGCCGCCUCUCAAUCCAACCUCUGUCAGCCGAACUGUUGUCUCAAGCUUCUCAUCAUCAUCAUCACCAUCAUCCUUCAUCCCAAACUCUGCCUCCCUUAAUCCAUAGCAAUCGUCGUCUACCUUCACCUAACCCGAUUGCAUCAACUGCAAACAUCACUUCCAUCACCACUACUACCACAAUGCAUCGUUCAGACACCCCGCCGUCCAUGGCACAAGACAUCGCAUAUACCAGGACUGGCCGAAUAAGUAAGGCCAAGAAAGGUCUCAAGGUCCAUCACUGCAAGUGCGGUCGCUCAUAUACACGUGCCGAGCACUUGAGGCGCCACCAGAAGAACCACGAAGAGGAACCUCUCCGAUGCGACUUCCCCGAAUGUGGAAAAUCUUUCCACCGUCCAGACUUAUUACAACGUCACAAAGAACGACACUCCGAAAUGCGCCGUGACAGCUCAACCAUGGACUCCAGAAUACCAUCUUCAGCUGCCAUGCACGGCUCUUCAAUCCACUCAGAAUACCCAGUCGACACCCGUGUCAUGCACCACUCCAUCUACCCAGCAUCCACAGCAUCAGGAAUCUUGGACCUUUCGUAAGUCUCAUCUCCUCACCCUCUUCUCCUUUCCAUUGCCUACUCGCCUCGGAUGCUUGGUGUCUGUUCUAGUCUACGCACGCUAGCGUUGUGGACCAUCACAAUACAUCCGGCUCCGGCGCAUCCCAUCCAUCCCAUCCCAUCUCAUCCCAUCCGCCUACCUUGUUUUUGUACCCUUUUCCUGGGCUCGGACUGACGCUGGAUGCUUAGUUCCGGGAAGGCUCGGUCUUUCAGUACUAGCCAUUCACUCGUCAACUCUGCUGUCCCGAUUUCCUUUGACGGUCACAUGACUUUCCCUACCGAACCGUGGUGUCCUUC